AUGCUCAGCGGCGGGGCGGCCAUGAGCGGCGACGACGACGGCAAGUGGCUGGACGCCCACUACGACCCGCUGGCGGGCCUGCGCACCUUCACUUCCUGCGUGGCGCUGGCCGACCUGAGCGGGGACGGGGACGCCCGGCUGGUGGCGGCCGACCUGGGUGGCGGUCACCGGCCGGCCGUCAAGCUCAAGGUCUACCAGGGGACGGCGCUGAGCGGCGAGAGCGUCCUGCUGGACCUCCCGUGCGGCCUGGUAACCUUCUUCAUGGAUCUGCACGAGCCUCGCGUCCCCGCCGUGGCCGUGGCGUCCGGUUCUUGCGUCUACGUCUACAAGAACCUCAGACCCUACUUCAAGUUCACGCUGCCCGGACUCGGAGUCGACGAGUCGGAGCAGGACGCCUGGCGGGAGGCGAGGGAGGGCCGCAUCGACCCCCCGGCCCUCAAGGAGCUGUUGGAGAGCCUGAGGAAUAAGUCGGACGCGCCCUUGUCCGCGCGCUCGCUCCGCUUCCUGUCGACGGACGCCGAGAACCUGGAAGACUUUGUCCGGCUGCACGGGCAACAGCCCGUCAAACGACAGACGGUCAUCACGUGCAUCUCCACGCUGAAGAAGAGCACGGCGGACGAGGACGGCGUCAGCUGCCUGCUGAUCGGCACCGAGAGCGCCCAUCUUUACGUGCUGGACCCCGAGGCUUUCAUCAUUCUGGCAAAGAUGUCGCUGCCGGCCCCGCCCACCGCCAUGGACGUGACGGGUCAGUUCGACGUGGAGUUCCGCAUCACGGCGGCGUGCCGCGACGGGAACAUCUACGUCCUCCGCAGGGACUCUGAGAGAGCCAAAUACCGCGUGGAGCUGACCUCGCAUCCCGUCGGCCUGCUGAGGGUCGGCAAGAACGUGGUGGUGGGAACCGCCGACCGCAACCUGCAGGCCUUCACGCAGAAGGGUAAGAAGCUGUGGAAGGUGACCCUCCCGGCAGCCAUCCGUACCAUGGCCCCCAUGGAGCUGCCGGCGCGAGGCCUGCAGGCGGUCCUGGUGGCUCUGGCCAACUGCGAGGUCCACCUGUACCGCGACAAGAACCUGCUGAGCACGGUCAAGACCCCGGCCGCCGUCAGCGCCGUCCGCUUCGGGCGCUACGGACGCGAGGACGGGACCCUUGUGAUGAGCACCGAGGGCGGCGGCCUGAUGGUGAAGAUCCUCAAGAGGACGGCCGAGUUCCGGGAGAGGGACGGCGCCCCCGGCCCCCCGGCGGCGCAGAGCGUGCGCCUCGACGUGCCCAAGAAGACCAAGCUGUACGUGGACCAGACCCUGAGGGAGCGCGAGCACGGCGCCGCCAUGCACCGGGCCUUCCGGAUGGACCUGGCCCGCCUGCGGCUGGCGGCGGCGCGGGCCUACGCCCGAGCCCUGGAGUCCAGCCUGGCCCCGGUGUCGUCGGGACCCGGCCGCUCGCUCAAGAUCAACGCGGCCGUCCGGGGCCUGGGCCCCUCCUUCGAGCUGACGCUCGGCCUGCAGAACACGGCGGCGUGCCGGCCCCUGCUGGACCUGGCCGUCAGCUUCCUCUACGACCCGGCCUCGUACAGGGUGAGGGACCCCUUGCUGAAGAUUCCCAUGCUGCUGCCGGGACCCGUCUACCCGCUCCGGACGCUGGUGGAGUGCGUCGGCGACGUCUCCGACGUCAUCAAGGUCUUCGUCCUGGCCGGCCGCCGGAGCGCGCCGCUGCUCACCGCGCACAUCAACAUGCCCGCCGGCGAGGGGGCCCGCUGA